AUGAGCUUAGACAAUUGGAAGCCGGCGCAAACUUACUACUACGAUUUCAUCGAUCUGUCGGAGAACGAGAUCUCAGGGAGUCCGGCAAGGUUUUUGAACCAGACGGAGUUUCUGGUGGAGUUCAAGGCGGCGGGGAACAAACUCCGAUUUGAUAUGGAGAAGCUGACGUUUUCGAAGACGCUGACAACUCUUGAUUUGUCAAGGAAUUUGGGGUUUGGGAAGGUGCCGGCGACGGUGGCUGGACUGCAGACAUUGAACGUGAGUCAGAACCACCUCUGCGGAAAGCUUCCGGCGACAAAGUUCCCGGCUAGUGCGUUCGCCGGCAACGAUUGUCUUUGCGGGUCUCCGCUUUCUCCUUGUAAAGUUUAG